GCAGGGCCGGACAGGGCUUGAGGGGCUUGAGGGAACCGGGCAGGGCCGGGCCGGGCAGGGCUUGAAGGGGCCAGGCAGGGCUGAGGGCGUGAGGGGGCCGGGCCGGGCCGGGCAGGGCGUAAGGGGCGUGACAAGGAUGGACAGGGCUGAGGGAGUGAGGGGCAUGAGGGGGCCGAGCAGAGCAGGGGAGGGGAGGGGAGGGGAGGGCAGGGCUGGGCUGGGCUUGGCUUGGCUUGAGGAGCGUGAGAGGGAUGGACAGGGCUGAGGGCGUGAGGGGCGUGAGAGGGACGGGCAGGGCCGAGCCGAGGGUCUGAGGGGGCCGGCCAGAGCUGAAGGGGCUGGGCAGGACUUGAGGGGCGUGAGGGGGUCGGGCAGGGCUGAAGGAGCCGGGCAGGGCUGAAGGAGCCGGGUAGGACUUGAGGGGUGUGAGGGGGUCGGGCAAGGCUGAAGGAACCGGGCAGGGCUGAAGCUGUGAGGGUGCCGGGCAGGACUUGAGGGCGUGAGGAACGUGAGGGCGCCGGGCUGGGCUGAGCCGAGCCGAGCUGAGCUGAGGGGAGUGAGGGAACCAGGCAUGGCUGAGGCUGUGAGGGGGCCGAACGUGGCUCCUGCGCCUUUGUGGCGCUGUCCCCGCCGCUCUGUGUUUUGUCACGCUGUGUCGCAGCGUGGUGGCGGAGCAGCUCAUCCCGCUGCUCUUCCUAUCCAGACACGGCUCCGUCCUGUGGGCUCUGCCGCCGCCUCCCUCCCGAGAUCCCGCUGCUUUGGGGUCACUGCUGCCAGCUGUCGUUAGUCUUUAAUGAAUUAAGAGCUCUCUAAGAUUAGACACGAAGGGUUUUUUUCCUCCUGUAGGCUCUGAGUGCAGAGGGCUGUGGGAAUUGCCAGUGAAAAAUCCUUUUUAUUCUUGACCAAGGUGGCUGUGGCUCUCAGGGGAAAGACACUUCAGGUGGGCUUUCGGUUCUACAAAAGCCUCUCCCAGGCUGGCUCCAGGCAUCAGAGGAAGGAGAACACGGUGUUGUUUUGGCUGAAGUGCUCAGCUUCAAGACUUCACUUUGUUCCUCACAGCUUGGAGGGAUAUGAAGCCAAUUGGAAAAGUGCUUUGUGCUACAGGGGUUGUAGCUGGGCUCGUAGCUUUCUUCUGGAAAGACGACUUUAACCCAGAGAGCCUGUCUGGUGCCCGUGUUCUCGUGACUGGAGCCAGUGCUGGGAUUGGAGAGCAGAUAGCAUAUCACUAUGCCAGGUUUGGUGCUGAGAUUGUGUUGACUGCCAGGAGGGAAGCUGUGCUGCAGAAGGUAAUGGAGAAAUGCCUGACACUUGGAGCAAAGAAAAUAUUUUACAUCCCUGCAGAUAUGUCUUCCCCUUCAGAGCCUGAAAGGGUGGUGCAGUUUGCUGUCCAAAAGCUGGGGGGCCUGGAUUACCUGGUGCUGAACCACAUCGGCACCAACCGCUUCCAGGAGUGGGCUGGGGAUGUGGAGUACACGCGCUGGCUGCUGCAGGUGAAUUUUUUGAGUUAUGUGGCUCUUGCAACAGCAGCUCUGCCCAGCCUGGAGAAGAACAGAGGUGCUCUGGUGGUUGUUUCUUCCCUCACAGGGAAAAUGCCCACUCCCUUCACCACUUCCUACUCUGCCACCAAGUUUGCCCUGGAUGGAUUCUUCAGCUCGCUGCGCCACGAGCUCAUCAUGCAGAGCAGGGAUGUGUCGGUCACCCUGUGCAUCCUGGGCCUGAUUGACACUGACUCGGCGCUGGAGCACACCAGGGGCAAAGUGCUGCUCAGCGCCUCCCCCGCUCCCGAGGCCGCGCUCGCCAUCGUCCGCGGCGGAGCCGCUCGGGCGCCCGAGAUUUUCUACCCGCGGUGGCUGCGGCCGCUCUGCUGCCUCUGGGCUCUGUUCCCCAGCAGCGGGAACCAGGUGCUGCGGGCUUUCUACAACUACAGCAGCCCCUGAGGGGCGCUCAGGCUCAUCCUACAGCCCUGUAAUCCCAUUCCUGCCAUCCUAAAUGAGCUUUGCUUGGUCGUAUCCUAUGCAAGCUGUUACAGCUCCAGAGCUCAGUCCCCAAGGGCACUGGGUGCCAGAAGCCAGCUCGCUCUCAGACCAAGGCCACGGGUCAGCCCCUAGCAAGCAGGGAGAUAUUCAGCUCUUAGUCAUUAGGCAGCUCUUGUGAUUUCAGCUUUGCUUGCUAGGUAGCUUUUCCCUUGGCCUAAGGCUCCAGCAGACGGUAGAGAGAGGAGAAGCAGAAGACGCUGGCUGUUCCACGAGUAUGGCUUUAUUGGAGGGUCUGUGAAGGGUCUCAGCUCUUCUUCUUCCCAGUUAGUAGGGGUACAGUGUGCUACUUUUAUACCCCCUGGAUCCAAUCCUGACCAAUGGCAAAGGUGUUAGAGUGACCAUAAGUGACCAAUGGUAGGGUUAACACAAUAUUGCCUUACAUGGCUAUAGGGAUAAGGUACAAGGCGGAUGUCCCUGGAGACAGGAAACUUCUUUGCCGCUGUGUCAGCAUUCUAUUCUCCAACGGGCCCUGGCUAAACCUGAGGGGUUUACUACACCAUCCCACUGAGCACUGCUGUCAGUCAGGAGCAGGGCAGAGUGCUGGCAAAAUCCCAUUUUCCUAACGUGACUCAUGGUGUGUCAUCCUCCUUGAACCACGGUUCUGCUGCUGCCACCCAUCAGUCAGAGGCCUUCCUCCCAUCUCCCUCCUCCUUCAGCCUCACCUGUGUGCUCUGACUGCACCCAGUCUUUGCUCAGCCCCAGUUUAACCCCUGUGUGUCUGCAUAGGAUGUCCUGGCAUGGCUGCACCUCAUUUUGGAUACCAUGAACCCUCUUGCUUCCUCUAAGUACAAUUUUUUAUCUCUAUUUUAAUUAAACAAGUUUUUAAUGUCUUGGUGUUAUGUGUUGAUGCUUCCUCUGUGAUGAAAUAUUGCUCCCCUGGGUUCUGUGGGCCAAGGGCUGUUUGCUGACCCCAUGUGAAAUGUUAAAUUAGCCCAGGGCUUUGGCAAUGUCUUCAAGUGUAAGCAUUACCUAACAACAACAGGAAUUAGAGCCCCAGUUACUUAG